CUGGCAUUCAUCACAAAAUGAUUUUGGAUAAAAGUUUUUAUUUUAUCAGAAGUUUCAUAAUAACUCCUAAAAACUGAUGAAACCCAAAAAUGUGCCGAGGGAAAUCUUUAACCCGUUCACCAAUAAGACAAGCUUGGGAACGAGAAGAGAAGGGUUAUUUCUGUGCAAACGUCUCAAAUUGCGACCAGACAAUUAUCUAGAAGAAUAUUGUGCCGAUUUGGAAGUUAUUGACAUCAUGGCUCCAAUCAGACCUGCUGACGAGACGGAGAGAUGUCCACCAACAUCUACAUCCGAUGAUCAAGAAGCCGGUGACUAUUUGGUUUCUCGUAACAAAAAAUCACGGAACUCAGAUUAUAUGCUUUUUUCCUCUGAUGCACUUGUCCAUAUCGCUCAUGACGCGAAAGUAUCUGAAAAAUACACGUGGCUUGGAGAGCGCCUUCGUCUUACUUUCAAAAUGAUGCGAAGCGAUUCCCGUCUUAUUAGAACAAUGUGUCAUAGUCAUGGAUUCAUGCAAUGUUCGAGUAAAAAUCCAUCAGUAAACGUCAUAUGGAUGGGUGCGCCAGUAAAAAGUGUCAGAAUGAGAGAAUUGAUGCCGUGGCAAAGACUCAACCAGUUUCCGAGAUCAACAGAAUUGACCAAAAAGGAUCGACUUUAUGAAAACAUUGAAAGAUCCAAAUCAAUCUUCGGAGAAUCUUUUGAUUUCAUUCCUGAGUUCUAUGUAACUCCGCGAGAGAACAGAAAAAUGGAGAAUGCAUUUGUCCGUGUUGCCAAAGAGAUAGCAGCUGCUGGAGGCGAACUUUGCUUUCCCGGAGAAUUUAUUGUGAAGCCAACGAAUUCACGGCAAGGAAAAGGAAUCUUUUUCGCUAAUAGCAUGGCAGACAUACCAGCCGAAGGUCCACUACUUGUCUCACGCUACUUGAAGGACCCAUAUCUUGUUAAUAAUCACAAGUUUGAUCUUCGAAUCUACGUUGCUGUGACGUCUUUCUAUCCACUUGUCGCUUAUGUCUAUUCGGAAGGACUUGCUCGUUUGGCUUCCAGACCUUAUGAUACUUCAGCUUCAUCCGCAGAUAGUAAUGAAUAUGUGCAUCUCACAAACUACAGUAUCAAUAAGAAUUCAACAUCAUUCGUUAGAAACGAGAGCAUGUCGUCAGAAGAUCUUGGGCACAAAUGGACGCUUGGAGCACUUUUGAGAUAUGUUGAGAACGAGGGAAAAGAUGCAAAAUUGCUCAUGCUCCGAAUCGAAGAUCUCAUUGUUAAAAGUCUACUGUCAAUUCAAAAUUCAGUUGCAACUGCUAGCAGAACAAACCUUCGAUUUGCUUGUACCAAUUUUGAGUUAUUUGGUUUUGACGUUCUUGUCGAUCAAGCACUCAAACCAUGGCUUCUGGAAGUUAAUCUGUCUCCAAGUCUUGCCUGUGAUGCACCAUUGGAUUCUCUUUUAAAAACACGUUUGAUUGCGGAUCUCCUUAAUCUUGCCUGUGUUCCACUGUUGGAUCGAAAGAUUAUUGACAGCGUUACACCGGCUCUGAGAAAGUCGAUGAACUCGCAAGAGUCUGAAUCAUCGGAGACAGAUGACUUGGAAUUGGAUCCGAUGUGUGCAAAGACGCUGAAACGUAGACCAGUUGGUUUGAAACGAAGCGUAUUGAACAAGAAGAUUGUGAGCGGCUCAACAUCAUUGAUUCCAAACAAUGAAAAGAAGUUCGAUCAAAUUGUCAGAAAAGCCGAGUUGGAAGACGGAAGGCGAGGCGAUUUCAUUCGAGUUUUCCCAAGGAAUGGUACAUGGGGAAUGUACAGUCCAGUUAUGGAAGAUUUAGGAAACGAAGACUUUGAUGAACGACUUUUUGAUGAAGUCGUCACGAAGAAAAACACGAAAAACUCUUCUGGCAGCUCAAAAGCAUCUUCAUCAUCUGCAUCUGCAUCGUCCUCCUCUUCGUCCAUGCACAUCGAAGAUCUUUCAGAUCUUUUCCAUGAGGUUAUGAUGCAAUGUGAUAAAUAUUCGUCAAUUGCUGAUGUACCUAUAGAAAUUCGAGAAAUUAUUUCUCCAUGGUACGAAGAGGCCAGCGAGUACACGAAGAAAAUAACACAAGAGGGAGAAACGUAUGCCUGCAAGCUUCCAGUUAUUCGGUCAACAGCCCGACUUCGAACUAAAAGUUGCGCAGAGUUUUAUGAAGUUCGUAAGGUUCAAUUGGCUAAGAAAAAAGAGUCUGAAGCUAUGGCUUCCAAAGAAAAUGAGCCGAUUGUCCUUCAAGCUGUGGUUGCCAAGCGGAUCUAAAAUGUGCUUCUCAUUUUUUUCAAUUCUCACCACUGAUUUUCCACCAUUCCACACAAUUAUCAUUCUCAUAUGUCAAAACGUUUAUUGUCAAUUAUUGUUAAAUUUUUGUUGUGAACUGCAAAAAAUGUUGAUACCUAUAAACAAAUUGAAUCCAAA